AUGACCAGAACAAAUGAUGAGGAGUAUGAUUUCUUAUUCAAGAUUGUUUUGAUAGGAGAUUCUGGAGUGGGGAAAACAAAUAUUUUAAAGAGAUUCAUCAAUAAUGAUUUCCAACUUGAGUCGAAGCCAACGAUUGGAGUUGAAUUUGCAACGAAGACACUUCAACAAUCAGGGAAAUCUGUUAAGUGUUAGAUAUGGGACACUGCGGGUUAAGAGAGAUAUAGAGCCAUUACAAAUGCAUAUUAUAGGGGAGCUGUGGGAGCAUUUAUUUGUUAUGACGUAACGAGAGAGCCCACUUUCAAGAACACAGAAAAAUGGCUAGCAGAGUUAAAGGAACAUGCAGACGGGAACAUUGUAAUUAUAAUGAUUGGAAAUAAAACUGAUGCAGUUGAUUAAAGAGCUGUGCGAACAGAUGAGGCUUCGAACUUUUGUGAAUAACAGAAGAUAGGGUUUAUAGAAACUUCAGCAUUAGAUGGGACUAAUAUAGAUGUUGCAUUCAACAAGAUUGUAGCAAAUAUUUUUCACACAAUAGGAUCUAAAACAGCAAAGAAGGUAGUUUAAGUGGAAACAGACCCUGUAGUGCUGUCAGAACAGAAGACACCUCAGAGUAAAUCAAAAAAGAGUAGUGAGGGAUGUUGUUGAGUAUUUUUCAAUAUAUGUCUUUGAUUAUUUAUUUAAAUACUCACGCUC